AUGAUGAUGGUGUCAUGCAGGCAGUUCUCCCUUUUGUUGGCCACUUAUGCUGCGAGGGCAAGUGCUUUUUGCAAUUGGUGUUACUUGGGGAGUUGUUUGGUGGACUUCCCCAAUGAGUUUUGCAUCAGCACCUGCCAGAAGCCACCGAUGGAAGAUGGUAUUGACUGGCAACAGUCUGAAGGACUGUUUUUACAAGCUCUAGAGGCUCUAGAGACUCUAGAUAUGUACCCGAGCUUGGCACCCACAUCCGUUGAGCACAAGAAAUGGCUCGGAUUUUACUUCGAGUCCAUCGAGAUGGGACGGGGCUGUGAAGCUGCAGCUCUUACAGCAGAGCUUCUGACUGUGGCCUUCCUCAAUUCAGAGACGGUCGAGGAAGUUUACCAGGUCCUGUCCCUAACCGAUGCUCACCUGGAUCCAGACUCAUGGGUCCCGAAGUGGUUCCUGUCACUGGCAGACCCCACAUCGAUAUGUCUUUCAGGUUGGCAUGUCUUCUUUCGAGCCGUGGGGAAGGCGUUGGAAUUUGGCACAGAGCUGGCAGCAUGUCAGUCUGAACAAAUGUUUGCAUACACUCAAGAGGCUCUUGGCUUGCUAGCUGCAGCUGCCGAGAGUGCCAAAGAUCUUCAAAUGUUAUUGCCAACAAGUUGGCAACAAGCAGUUGGACAGCGUAUCUUAAAAGACCGGCUGCGUCACGGUUUUGAGCUUCUCAGCAAAGCACCCCAUGAUGCAGAGAUGCCGCUCGCGUGUUUGCGUGGCAUUGCGGCGGAAGCAGCAAAAGUGUGCGCGGAUAUUGCAGAGAUGUCCCGCGCACAAGACUGGAUGAUUCAACGGCUACAAUGGCCAAAACUUCCUGGUUCAGGGCCAGCUGCCUCUACAACAGAUGAUGCACAUAGAAGAAUUGCAGUUUGUGUUGUGGGGCAGCCUCGCGCUAUGUUUGGAACUUGGUUUGGGCCACUGGCCACUCAACUCUUGCACAGCCUUUGCCCGUUGACUGCAGGCAGACCUCGGAUUUCACUGUUUUUUGUGCUGGCCACUCAGCCGCGGAUUGGGCUUCACAGCGAUGUCGCCCCGAUGAUGCUUGAAGCAUUGCAGGGACUGCUGGAAAGCAUUCAGUGUCCUCAUGACUUUGACAAAUCUCACACCUUCGGUUCCCUUUCAGAAGCUGACUUGUGGCUUGAUUUGAGAGAUGAUGCGACAGAUGCAGACCUUGAAGACUUGGCUGAAGCAUAUCCGGAAGAUGCAUGGUGGCAUGCAGAAGGUGACGGAAGACUCAAAUGGGUCCGGCAGCUGCAAAAUCUUGCUCGAUGUCACCAUUUCUUAGAAAUGGAGGGGGCCAACGUGUUCGACUGGGUGGUGAUCUUGCGGCCGGACUUGCUGCAUUUGGUCCCUCUGCCAGAACUCAACAUUGAUCCAGGCCAUCAUAUGAUAGUGGCAGAUAGCGGAAUGCAGAUGACGCCUCAAGGUGGAUACCUUGAAGGUUUCGAUCGUGUACUGGCCAUGUCCGGCCGAGUGGCAAGAGCUUUUCUUUUGGAGCCAUUGCUUGCGCUGGAGAACCGAACCUUUGUGCAGCUCCACCCCAGCUGCCUCAAGUGUUCCGGCUGGCGGUCUCCAGGGGUGAAGCUGACUCCAGAGAAGCAUUUUGCAAAUGUAUUUUGGGCUUAUCAGAGGACCCUGGAGCUUCAGAUCGCCUAUGAAUGGCGGCAGCCCUUGGUCUUGUCAGAAAAAGGCUGCAUUAAUUUAUUGCCGUGCGAAGGGCCAGGCCCUUGCCCAAUGAUUUUACCACGGUGGGCCCGACGCUUGGUUCUAGCUCACACCUGCUGGCAGGUGAAGGACGAAGAAGCUGCGACAACUUGGGCACAAGGUGGAUCUACUGAGGCUAUACCCGAACUGGUUCAGAAUGUUUUGGUGGAGAUUUUUCCAGACUUUCGUGGCUGA